AUGACUAUGGACCAAGGCCUUAACCCAAAGCAAUUUUUCCUUGACGAUGUCGUCCUACAAGACACUUUGUGCUCGAUGAGCAAUCGCGUCAACAAAAGCGUCAAGACCGGCUAUUUAUUCCCUAAGGAUCACGUUCCUUCCGCCAACAUCAUUGCCGUCGAACGUCGCGGUGGUCUUUCCGACAUUGGUAAGAAUUCCUCCAACUGA